AUGCCAGGCAUUGUUACUGCAGUUUUACAUGCGCAAGAUAAGACGCCGUUGUACCCUCUUGGGGGGUUAAUUGCAAGUGGCAUGGGUAACAAGCAGUCCUUACCUACGACUAAUGGAUCCCCUUCGCAUCUUCCUGUGGACAAUGACUAUGCACUCUUCCCUCUGAGCGCAAAAGACAACAUAAUGUUCAAACCAGGGACGUUUGACCCGGAGAUUUUGGAGCAUAGUGAGCGCCUUAACGCGCCAUACCCGCUCUCCGAAGUAUCACAGUUUGCGGCGCUGUGGCUCCCUAUCUGGAAGCAGAAGUGGGCGGCGCAUGUUCUAGCACCUGUGAUGUUUGCUCUUGUGGAGGAUGACCCAUUCUUUGUGGCUACUGAACAGGAAAUUGAAACCUGCGUACGGGCCUUUAAGAACAGUGCCCGUGUGGAUGGAAGCCUGAUUCCAGGCGCGCCUCAUUGUGUGGAACUUAGCCAUUGGUCGCAAGGCUGGUAUGCUCGAUGUUUUGGAUUCGCCAUGGAAUGUGCUGCCGGUUUUGCUAGCUCUACCUAG